AUGGUGGAUAAGAUUGACGUGGACGUGAACCCACCAGAUUCGUUCGUGAUAGAGGAACGGAGGAGACGAACAGAUUAUGUGUCGUGGCGGAGGGGGUCGAUGGGGACCGAUCUGAUGAGAGAAAAGUUGGAGACUGGAGGAACAAAGGAAAAACGGAGGAAAAGAGAGAUGCGCGAUGGGUUUAAGGGUUUAGCAGUUUUCGGCUCAGCAUUUUAUCAGUCACUCUCCUUUUCCCUGUCUAAUGGAAUUUCUCUAACCAAAAAAACCCGCACUCUUACUCAAAUUCUAGAGUUUGUGCUAGUGAUUGAAAAAAAAAUGGAUGAUUCAUUAAUCGACGACGAUUUUGGCGAAAUAUACAUUGACGAAGAAGUUCAAGCAAGUUGUGCAAUUAAUUCUUUCUCGACAAACUUUGCUACAUCAAACACUGCACUCCCCAAAAACGACGUCGUUGAUGAGAAAGAAGAAGAAAUCGAAUGUGAGAACAAUACGAGCCAUGGAGAAUUUGACGUUAAUUUGAAAUCAGAGUCGAGGCUACAGAUUUCGUGCAGUUCAGAUGAAGAUAAUGAGAGCGAUGAUAGCGAAGAUGAUUUGAAUAUAGUAUUGAAUGAUGAUGAUUGUAAAGCUCUUUCAACUGCCAAUAAUGUUGUUAAUCAGGAUUUUAUUGAGCAGGAGGAGGAGGAGGAGGAUCCCUCCAAGAAUGGAAACCCGUGUGGAUCAUCAUUUCCAAGUUAUAGGAAGGCCAAUGAUUCUAUAGAAGUAGCUUCUUGUUCUUCUAGAUAUGCCAACAUAAAAAACAGGGGCGGUUCACUAGUACCUUAUUAUGAUGGGUAUCGUUUCUCACUUCCACAUUAUAGAAAUAUAUUCGAUGUUGAUAUUGAUUCAUUUGAAGAUAAGAGAUGGAGGUACCCUGGAGUCGAUAUAUCUGAGUUUUUUAAUUUUGGUUUCAAUGAGGAAAGUUGGAGACAAUACUGCAUCUCCAUGGAACAAUUGAGGCAGCAUUCUUACAUGCAUAACAGGUCUCCAAAUCAGGAGUUUUUUAAGCGUAAUCAGGCUUGUGAAAAUGUACCUGAGCAUGAGAGUGCAGCUAACGAGACGGUAGCUGUGGGUAAUCAAGCUGGAUCUUCAAUGAAAUGUGUAGAUACUGGAGAAAAGCUAAUGGGGUUGCCAAAAGGUCGAGCGAUUCAGGUUGAAGAUAGCACUGUUGAACGCGAACCCACAAUAAAUUUAAGGCCACCAUGUACUUGGGACUCUGAUGUUGUGAUACAGAUCAAUUUGCAAGACUCCGAUAAGAAUUGCUCCGGAACAAAAAAGGAGGAAUUUCACCAUAUAAAUAAGAAUGUAGAUGAGAAAUCACAAAGAAAGGAUGUGGUUAUGGAUGAUAUAAAAAAUGCCCACUAUUCUGGUAUUGUCAGUGAAGAUGAAGCUUCUUUGAAAUCUUUGGAAAUCAAAAGGUGUAUCCAGCCUCUAUCAGAGUCUAAUCAGAUGCUGCUGGAUCCUGAUAACCACGUUGAAGCUAUAAAGACGGUGAAGGCCGGAAGAGCCAGAGUUACAUGCAAGUCAGAUCAAUGCCCGACCGAGACAGAGCUCUCAGUAGGAGACAGAAGUCAACUUAGCUUGUCAUUGUCAUGUUCUGAAAGUGAUUCUGAGGCAUCAAGAGACAGAGUAGAGAGUGUUCCUGAAGUGUCUGGUAGUCCAUUCAGAAGGUUAUGUUCAGGCUCUGUGCAUCAAGAGUCGGCUUUACGUGACAAUGAGAGCCCUAAAAAUGAUGACACAGUAAGAAGACCUGUUAAUAGCCGACAGCAUUUGAAAAGUAGAGGUUCCAUUUGGGAGGGAAGGAGGCAUCAAAAGAGUAGACCUCGUAAUGUUGCUGAAGAGAGAACCCACUAUGAUACUGAUAGUGAUUGCUCUCCUAUAUCUGAUCGAUUAUCCAUUGAUUUGCACCGAGAGGUAGAACGGCUGCAUGAUUUUGGUUAUCAUAGUGGGGAUGAUUCCUCUUAUGAUAGGGAUGCAGGUUUUUCUGGUCGUUAUGGUGUUGACAGGUUUUCUGGCGACAAUGUCAAACAUCUUCAUAGAAAGACAUACCAUCAGAGCCUUGGGAAAUCCCAGGAAAGAAUGAACUGGAAUGCUGGCAAUUUUCAUAAAAGAACUUUUUGUUUAGAUGAUACAGAAGCCAUGGACAGAGAUUUGGCUUAUGGUGGCAGAAGACUCUCUGCCAAGGGCAUGGUUCCUUUGACUUACAGGGAAUCAAGGAGAUUGAUUUCCAAGAACAAAAAGUUUAAGGAGACGGACAUCCAAUGGAGAAGAAAGGGUCAUCGAAUUCAGUAUGGGAUGAAAACCAAUGGUGAUUCUUGUUUGCUCAAUCAUAGAAAUAUAGAGGUUGAUGCCAUGAUGCUGAAAGAAAAUGGGAGAUCUAUUCCAUUCAGCAGCCAGAAAAGGGAUUAUUUGGAUGAGAAAUAUGAAGGGGACAUUCCAUUUGUUGGGAGAGGAAAUUUUUGUGGAAGAAGAAUUCAACAUGACUAUGGCCCCUUUACUGAUAUGGAGAAUUCACAGUUGAUGGAAAUAGAAGAUGAGCUUUGUGAUCUAGAUCAGCAUUCUUCCUCUUGGUUACAAAGAGAAUACUCCACAGCUGACAGAGGAAGGGAGAUGAAUAUUAUACCACCAAGAUAUGUGAGACAGAGUAGAGAAAUUUGUGGUGGAAAAUACAUGGACAACGAUUGGGUUGAUGGUUAUAAUGAUGUAGAUAAUGCGCAAGAUGGUAUUAUAUAUUCUGAUGAACACCUUGAUCAGAAGAGAAAAUAUAGUUCGCGUUUUGGUGUGUUGUGCCAAAUGCAAGAUGAUUCAAAAUGGAGGCAUCAAGAAGAUGAAUUUAAUACCAAAAGGUCAUCAUGUUUAUAUGAAAAAUCUUCUAGAUGUGAAAGGAGUCGUGCUAAAUAUGCUCAGGAUUGUAUGGUGGUUGAUGAUGUGAGGCUGGAGUGGAAUAGGUACAGUAUGUUUAAAGGAGAAAGAAGAGUUGGCUCCCUUAAUAGAAACCAAAUUAUGAUAUCUAGAGGUAAGCAUGAACAGACAGCCAGGAGAUGCAGUCAUCCAGUUGACUUGAUUCUUGGGGAAGGAAAGUCAUCCGGGAGAUGUUCCAAUGCUGAAAUUCCAAUGUCUAAUGGUAUAGCUAAAAGAGCUUGUCUGAAGUUUACCAAGGAGCAAAGAACUUCGAAGAAUUAUAAUGGAACUCUCACCGGAAGAGCACAAUCUGGCAUUGCAAAAUUUAAAGGCAACCUAACCGGUAAGAGAUGGCAUAAGUUUCCAGUUACGAAGCAGGUUGGACAUUUAGCUGUUGAGGAAGGUCAGAUUGUAGAGGAUGUGUUGGAAAAAGAACAAGCAUCUGAAAAUGCGUUAGUUCCACGCAAUAAGAAACCUUUUCACAGUGAAGUUGACACAAAUAAGAUAUUUGAUGACAAACAGAUGCUGGAAGUAAUAGCAAAGAUGGAAAAACGGAAGGAACGCUUCAAAGAUCCAAUUGCAUUGAAUAGAGAACCAGAAAAGUCUUUGAAUCAACUAGUUGCUUUGACAGCUGAUACAUUUGAAAGCAAACAAAAGAGGCCAGAUCGGAAGAGGCGGUGGGGUGGCAAUUAAGUUUUUGCAAUCUCAGGAACUACUACUUCUAAGGGGCUUAAUAGCUGCGCAGUACAAUCUGCUGCACAAUUGCUGACCAAGUUUCUUCACCUGAUUUGUAGUACAGCUUGGAUGGAUCUCUUUGUAAUUAAUAGCACAUCUACAACGUUGUACAGGUUAGGACAUGAUUAUCAAAAAAGAGUUUGGAACUUGGAACAGGCUAAUAUUUUGAAUAAAGUUUCAUCCUUGUGCUUGUUUUAGCGACGUCGAAAAUUAAAAAAAUUAAAAGCAAUGGUUUAACACCUCUUUGUUUUUUA